AAGAGAAAAUUCCUGCAUUACCCUUUUGAGUGGUAAUACUAGUCUAAUCACCUUCUGUCUGAGAAUAUUUGGAUUCUCAGGGGAAGAUGUGAUAUUGCCUGCUAUUUCCACAAUGUCUUUGCCAACCCUUCAAAUGUGCCUCUCAUAGCAAGAUGAGAGGGUGACUAAAGUGUCAAUGGGUAGCUGGCUGCAUACUUAUGGUAGGCAUCCUGUUGGUUUGUCACAACUAGAGUAGACCUGUUAAAUCAAUUGUUGCAUAGUGAGUUAACAUGUAAGUGAAAGCCAUUAAUUCAGUGAGCCUACUCUAGCCAGAACUAACAACAGGAUUUAUGCCUAUAAAUCAACUCUUUUAAGGGAAGGGUUACUGAAAUGACAAAUUGCGGUUUCAGUUUAUAGACAUCUUUGAUAAGAGCAUUGUUUUCUUUUUCUGUCUAAGUAAUAGCACAUCAUGCUCUAUGGUGAAAGUAUAUCAUACCAGUUAUAAACCUCCCCUUGAAGGCAACUAAAAGCUGACGUGGAUCUUGGUGAAAAUGGUUUUGACACCCCUGUGACUCGGAUGGCGCUGUCCCUGCUUGCCCUUUGUAUGCAAAUGAACAUGUUCCUCUGCCAUCUGAUAAACUGAUGAGGGGAUGGCUUUUAAAAAGAUAGUGUGAUUGAUUAUAUGGCGGGUUAAUGUUUUCAUGCACCUCGAUAUUUUAAUGUUUAAUGGGUUUAAUAAUUUAUUAUUAGCUACCUUGAGUCCCUAUAUUGGAAGAAAAGCGGGAUUAAAUAUAAAUAGAUAUAAUUGUGUUGAUGUCCUGCAGAGGGUGACUUUCACCCCAUGUCUUCCCUACACCUAUAAGAAUGACAAUCACAUCUUAAGACAAAUUGGAGGGAAAUAAUGGUGUUAAAAGGACACCAAAACAGAAAGACGUGAAAGGCAAAUUUGUCCAGGGCAUUUGAUUCUCAACCAUAAUUGAACCCCAUAAUGUAUAUUCUACACCAAGAAAGCUACUAGGCAAUUCCAAUAUGUAUUUAUUUCAUGACCCCCACAACACUUUUCUAAGAAAAAUCAGCAAAGCCCCUUUGUAGCUGCCUUUUUUUUGUACCUUCUCCAGUUUUAUAAUAUAUAUUUAAAGAUGCAAUGUGAUUACAUCUGGCUCCCAAAAUAUACAUUAAAACAGUACUAAAGCAAGCAAUCUUGAAGGCUUGUUGUACUGGUGCUAAUGAUCCAGUUUUAGCCCCACAUUUUUUUGGGUGCUGCAUGUGACUCAUGGACUUCACAAUUGUCACUUACAGUGACCUCUCUAUACCAAGAUAAAAAAUGUUUGCUAUCCAUUUCUGAAGACCAAGGGAUAGUGACUUCAGGGAUCUGUGUAUUGUUUUAUGUAAAACAUAAUAGUUCCUAAUUUGGAAGGUACAGAGCAGAAACAUUUCAAGGUGACAAUCUGAUCUUCAUCUUAGCAAAUCUGGAAGUUAAAAAUGGUGGUGGUGAACUAGUUUUUAAAAGGUAAAUUGAAGGCAAUGCUUUAAGUCUAGAAUAAAUAUACAUACACUUUGUAUUGGGAUACAUUAAAUAUAUGUAAUUACACUGGUUUGUUUGCACAGCUUGUGUAACCUGUUAUGCAAUAUGCACCUACAAGCUUGCACAGUUUUUGGCUUAGCUUCCCCGACCCAGAAGACAGAACAUGAUAAAGUGGGCUAUAUGUACGCUAACAUCACACCCCAGUAGGAUGCCAGCUCAAAUUGUGAGACAAACAUUCUCAACAUUCAUGGAUUUCAUUGUAGUAAAGAAAGAGUUGGAAUUUUGAUGCCCCUCAAAUGUCGCUGGAGCUCCCCAUGUGCCUCACCACUGUAUAAAGAUGCUUCUAUGGGUUGAUGGGAAUUGCUACCUCAAAACGUGUAGGACUGCAUGAUUCUUGACUUGAACCCUUUUUAGCAUGGACUUUCUUAUAAAAGGAGACUUGAUUCUAAAGAGAUAAAAGGAGAUUUGAUUCUAAAGAGAUAGCUGUUGAGGCCUACAGCAUGGUCCCACAGCUAGGAACUGGGUGCAAAGAAGAGGUGCCUACAAGCCAUCCAGUGAUGGAACUCCCUGUCCUUGCUGUUUAGCCACAACAGGAAACAUAAGGAAAACCACAUUCUUGGGAGCUGGCCUAGCUGGGAAUCAGCAAUGAUGUAGAAACUGCUUACCUCUCAUCUGGGAGUGCUUUUGUGCUUACAAAUUAUGCACAUUGCAUUAAUUACGCUCACCUGAGGCUGGGUGGGGUAAAAGUGGUACUUGUGAAACUUCUGGCACGUAGGUGUUUUCUCCAUCCUGCUGCUCGUUGUCCCAGGAUUACUCAUUAAAUACUGGAGGUGCCUUCUCUUCCAAACACUCAGGCUACUGUGGUACCAAGAAGAUGCAAGGCUUAUGGAAAGGUGGUGUGCUGCUUUUAACACUCUUGGCUUCCUAUCAAGCAACUGCUAACCCGCUCUCUUUGAAGAAAGAAUGUGCAGGAGGCCCAGAGAAAUGGUGUCAAGACUACCCAACAGCUCUAAAGUGUGGGGCUUUAGAUUAUUGCCAGCAGAUGAUGGGGCUUUACAGCCCCAUGAAGAACUUCAAAUGUGCUAUUUGUAAAUUCACUGUAGUAAUGAUGGCAAAGGUUGUACAAGACAAUACCACUGAUGAAAGGCUAUGUCAUUUUUUGGAGAAGGGAUGUCAAUACCUUCCCUUUCAUGACUGGUCAAUGAAAUGCAAGCAGGUGGUGGACACUGGAGUUAUCAUUCUUGUAGAACUUGGAAAACAAGCACAGAAUAAACCUGAUAUUGUAUGUGGAGCCUUCAAGCUGUGCAAUCAUGAAGCCACCAGUGAAGGAGCCCUGAAGUUUCAGAUCUCCGACAGAAAACCAAGAAUGACAGACUUCCCUGAAACGUUGGCUCCGUUCAUGGCGAAUGUGCCUCUUCUCCUCAACCCUCAAGAUGACAACCAACCUGGAGCUCUGAAAGAAGAAACCUGUCAAGAGUGCACAGAAACGAUUGCUGAGCUUCAAGAAGAUGUUAAGAGAAGCCCCUUCCUCGUUCAGUCUUUAACUGCUUAUACCAAAGAGCAAUGUGAACGUUUGAGGCCUGAAUUGGCAGAUGAGUGCAAGAAAUAUGCCUUUGUAUAUGCCCAUGCAUUUGUGCAACUGCUGAUAGACCUCUUGGACCGGGUAAGUGAAAAUAUUACCAGGUCCACCAGUCAGAAGUUGACGAUGCCCCCAAGGAGCAUUUGUGAGGAAAUCAGAUUUUGUGACUCUACACAAGCUGAGCCUUCCCCUACUUUGCCAGCCAGCCAGCUUCCCGUCUUGCAAGCGCCAGACUCCAUAAAGAAAAACUCAAAUGAAGAAAAUUCCUACAUGGUUUGUGGUAUCUGUAAGAAAAUGAUACAGAUAGCUGAGGACAUGGUGGAGAACAACGCCACAGAAAUGGCAAUUGUCCAUCAAAUGGAAAAUGUCUGCUAUGUGUUUCCCCAUCAAAUGUUCGCUGAGUGCAAGGAUUUUGUUCACUCCUAUGGACAGGCCGUUGUUAUUAUGCUUUUGGAUGCAACUAAACCAGAAUCUGUGUGCAUCGUGCUCAGAUUUUGUCACAAAGACAUUUCCUUAAGCACUGGUAGCGCUGUAACUGAGACAGCAGCUCUGGAGGAAGUACAAAAAAAUGAGGGCAAAAUGUGCCAUAUGUGUACAUUUGUCAUUCAAUACUUUGAUGAUGAGCUGGAGAAGAAUGCAACACAGGCGCAAAUUGGUACUAUGCUCACAAAGGGCUGCCAGUUACUGCCAGAAGCUUUGGUGUAUAUAUGUGAUGAGCUUGUGUUACAGUAUGAACCAGCUGCUGUCCAACUCCUGAUACAGGUCAUGGAACCAACAUAUGUGUGUGCUAAAAUCGGAGCCUGUCCUUCGUCUUACCUUCUGGGCCUGGAAGCUUGUUCCUGGGGUCCUAGCUACUGGUGCAAGAAUGCAGAUACUGCAGCACAGUGCAGGGCCACUGAGUACUGUAAGAACCAUUUAUGGAACUAGAGGAAGUCUUUCCUGGAGGAUGAAUGGUGGCUGUGGUUUUAAUGAAAGUAAAUUGGAAAUUUGGCUGGGAGGAAAAUAGGAAAACAUCUAGAUGUAGAUGGGGGAACCCAUUUUUUUCUCUCACCUUUAGCAUUGCUUGUGCUAUGGAUGCCUAUUGUGUAUCUGAGGGAUAGGGGAAAAACAGAUUGUCUCCUUGUUCAUAAUGUUUUGAAUCACCAUACAUUUUAUCUUCUGAACCAGUUUGGAAAAGGGACAUGGGAGGGGAAAAAGAAGUUGGGUGUGGGAUUGAUCUGAGUAGGUAACAAAAUGGGUUUUAUUGUAAUAGUAAUACAUUACCUUAUGUUAGUAAAGUAAUGGCAGAAUCCAUUCAUCAUCAAUCAUCAUCAUCAGACUCAUCAUCAAAACAAGCUGCCUAAACCGGGAAUGUGAUGUUUCUAAUCCUUCUGCCCAUCAUAGCUUGAAAGUGAAUGUUAAAUUUUGGAAAUGUCCUUGUCUAACUUUGUGGGAGAUGGUCUCGGAUUUUUGUUACAUUUGUUAUAUAAUUUGGUCACAAAUUCAGCAGAUGCAAAAUGAGAGUAACAUUGCUGAGAAACUGUUUGCCAUGUAUGUUGUCAACCUGACCUUUUACAAGGCUUUUUGGCAUAUCUACAUUAAACAUUUAGACUAUUUUAA